AUGUUGGAGAUUGCUGGGAGGACUGAUAUUCCAGUGGCCGAAGGAUCUCAUGUCACAAUUACCAAAGGUACAAAGCUUCGCAUUGCUGAUUUUGUCCAUGGCACGGAUGGACUUGGAAAUCAAGACUUUCUUCCGCCAAAAGGAAAGCCAAUUGAACAGUCAGCCGCUGAUUUUCUUGUUCAGCAGGCUAACUUUUACCCUGGAAAAGUCACUGUGGUGGCCCUGGGCCCCCUUACAAAUAUUGCACUGGCUAUUCAAUUGGAUCCUGCCUUCACCAAAAACAUUGAGCAGAUUGUUGUUCUUGGUGGUGCUUUUACAGUAAAUGGGAAUGUGAAUCCAGCGGCUGAGGCCAAUAUUUUUGGAGAUCCAGAUGCUGCUGAUAUUGUGUUCACAAGUGGAGCUGAUGUUUUGGCUGUUGGAUUAAAUGUUACCCAUCAAGUUGUUUUAACUGGUGCUGAUCGAGAAAGGCUAGUGGAGUCAAAUGGAAAAUUCUCCCAGUAUCUGUCCAAUAUCUUAGAUGUUUAUUUUUCUUAUCAUCAUGAUGCAUACAGCAUAAAAGGUGUUUAUCUUCAUGAUCCCACAGCUCUUCUUGCUGCUGUUAUUCCGUCACUCAUGACUUAUAUAGAAGGUGUUGUUAGAGUGCAGACAAUUGGCAUCACAAGGGGUCUGACAAUAUUUUACAACAAACAGAAAAGGUAGGAGUUUUUGUCUCCUUCAAAUAUUUGCUUAUUCUUUGGACAUCGCAUGGAGAUGUAACUGAUUUGAUUGAUUCCCAUUUCCUAUAAGCUUUUGAAUGCCCAUGUUUAUGGUCUUAAUUUGGGGUUCUGACAAUAAUCGCAUUUUGAUAGUGAGAGACAAGUGUAAUAGUCCGUUUGGUAUGAAGAAUGGAAAGAAAGGAAGGAAGGAAAAGUGAAAGGAAUACACUUUCCAUCCAUGAAGGAAAGAAAGUUAUUUUCCCUCCUUUUUGUUUGGUAGGAGGGAUGGAAAGUAAAAGGGAUAUAUUUUCCAUUGUUUGGUAUAAAUGAAAAAUGAAAGGAAAGGAAAACCAUGCAUACCCAAUUUUACAAUUCUACCCUUUAAAUAUAUGAAGUCAUUUUAUGUGUUUCUUGUGUUAGUAAAAAAAUAAUUAGCAAAUAUAUAUAUAUAUAUAUAUAUUUGAAAAAAUAGAAAAAAUUUAUAGAUUGAAACCAAUUAUUAUAAGAAGCAACAGUACACAAGAAUCAAACAAUGAAAAAAUUACAAAAAAACCUCCUGAUGCUAUAAUCCUUCAAGACUCCUUAGAAGUUAGAAUCACUUCUAAGGCUUCAGACUGCCUGCCCAGAAAUAGGCCAUUAAAGAGGUAAUGUACCUCUUUUUUUUUUUUCAGAAUCAAAAACAGAAACUGUUUUAACAAAAAAACAGAAAAAACUGUUACAG